CUAACAUUUUUCUAAAUAAAAAUAGCCUUGAACCUACACAGACUCACAGGGAGCAGCGGGAUCUAUUAACGGAAGGCCUUAAAAAGAACCUCCCUUCCGACACCCCCGGCCGGUCGGUCGGUCAAAAGAGAAGAAUAAGACGAAAGAUGAUCACAGUCUCGAACUUGGAACUAUCUUCCUUCCAACACACCCCUUUUUACUGUGAGGAAAAUGUGUACCAGCUUUGCAAGAAGCUAUGCGCUGGUGGGCUGGCAAAUCCAGAUGCCUCUGAUUUGUUUGCUGUGUUCAUUUGCAACGAUAAGAAGCAGGUUCCACUAUGGAAUCAAAAGGCUAGCCAUAGGGCUGAUGGAGUUGUUCUCUGGGAUUAUCAUGUUAUAUGCAUACAGAAAAGGAAAGACGAAAACUCUUCCCACCUAGUGUGGGAUUUAGAUUCGACUCUCCCAUUUCCAUCUCCUCUACCAUCCUAUGUUUUUGAAACCACUCGUCCUUCCUUUCCGCUAUUUUCAGAGUUUAAAAGGUACUUCCGUAUUGUGCAUGCCCCAAUUUUCCUCAGGUCUUUUGCAUCCGACAGAAGUCACAUGAUAGAUAAUGCAGGAAACUGGCAAUCUCCACCUCCUACUUGUGAAGCCAUUGUUGCUGAAGAUGGAACCUUGAACAAUCUAAAUGAGUACAUUGAUGUCUCUUCUGAAGAUGCAACCAAAGAUCUCUCAGCUGAUGCGGUGAAUGCAGUUUAUGAACGAAAAUUUGGCAUUGUAGUGGUCGGAAGCCAAUUGGAGGAAUUCCUUUCUCUAGUUAGUGAUCCAUAGGAACACUGUGUUUGUGCUUGUUUCAUUUCACCUGGUAAAAAGCUUGGGACAUAUGCUUCUGUUCUGUGAAAUGUUGUAUAGAUGCAAUUAUGUACUAAUGUACGGAGGAUGAUGGUGUUCGGCAAAAAAGUUUGAUUAUAGGACGAUUUACUUUAAAUUUGAUGGUAUUGGUAUUGAUUUUUAUUUAUGUACUAGACGAGAACCAAACUGAUGUGUUUGGUGAGGAUGACUUAUGUGAUCUGAUUGUGACACAAAAUAAUAGUGUAAUAAAAUAAGGAAAAAUUA